CUUUUACUUUUACCGACCAAAACAUUCACCUUAAAACUCACAUUGGCAGUGGACUAGCAAGGUGAUGGUCGGCCGUAGGAUGCUAAACUCAGACAACAAAGAAGCUAAUUCAUGUAGCAGCGAAAGUAAUUAACAGGGAAGUUGUUCGUUGUUCGUUGUUCCGCUCACUAACAGCUGUCGCUAGCGGAGACGGUGGUGAGUCUAACGUUAGCUCGACCUGCUGGUUACAGAAAGUUCAAACAACGUAUGUGAACUUAAUAAGAACUUAAUAAUAUUAGUCCCCCCUCGCUGCUGCCCUCAGUGCUGAUGCCUCGUUUGGAAAAGCCAAAUGGCCGAGGAACAAAAAGACCAAAGUUAGACUGGAAGUUUGUUCAGCGGUUCUGUAGCAUCCAGAAGGUCCUGUUCCCAUCAUGGACCAGUCAAAGUGUCCUGAUGUUCGGGACGCUGCUUGCAGUUACUCUGACAGAGCAGCUGAUCAUUUACCAAGUGGGUGUCCUCCCCAGCCACUUCUACAAUGUGCUGGCAGACAAAGAUUACUCCGGCUUCAGGAGUUUGGUGGGCACAGCUAUGGUGCUGAUCUUGCUCAACUCCACAUUGAAAAGUCUCGACCAGUACAUUUGCAAUCAGAUGUAUGUUAACUGGAGGCAGACGCUAACUGAGAGCCUCCAUACGGCCUACUUCCAGGGCCGGGUCUAUUACACACUCAAUGUACUCCGAGAGGACAUCGACAACCCAGACCAGCGAAUCAGUCAGGAUGCAGAGAGGUUGUGUAAGCAGAUGAGCACCAUGGCUAGUCGUUUGAUUGUGUCACCGUUCACACUGGCCUACUACACCUACCACUGCUUUUACAGCACCGGCUGGAUCGGUCCUGUUAGUAUCUUUUGCUACUUUGUGAUUGGGACCAUUGCCAAUAAAAUCCUCAUGGGGCCUAUUGUCUCAACUCUGUUUGAGCAAGAAAAACUGGAGGGAGACUUCCGAUUCAAACACAUGCAGAUCCGUGUCAAUGCAGAGUCUGCAGCUUUUUACAGAGCUGGUAAAGUGGAGCACAUGAGGACCAACCGAAGACUGCAGGCUCUGUUGGAAACUCAGAAGAGUCUAAUAAACAAAGAGCUCUUGCUUUAUAUUGGGGUAAACACCUUUGACUACCUUGGAGGUUUCCUCAGCUACAUCAUAAUUGCCAUUCCCAUCUUCACUGGUAUCUAUGAUGGUCUCACUCCUGGUGAGCUCAGUGCUCUCAUCAGUAAGAACGCCUUUGUCUGCAUCUACUUGAUAAAUGGCUUCACGCAGCUAAUAGACCUGUCAACCACUCUGUCAGAUGUGGCUGGAUACACCCACAGGAUUGGGCAGCUGAGGGAGGUGAUGGAUGACAUUCUACGCAAGCAGUGUGACUAUGACCCAGCAUCAGGGGAAAGCUAUGACUUUGACAGUGACUUCAAUGUCCACGGGGGCCCUGUGGACACUGCCUUCAUCCUGGAUCAUCUUUCAUACAAAUCUCCUUACUCAGAUGAGCUGCUGGUGGAGGAUCUGAGUCUGAAAAUCAACCAGGGAACAAAUCUGUUGGUAGUGGGGAACACGGGCACCGGCAAGACGUCACUACUGAGGGUCCUCAACAGACUCUGGGAGGCACACAGCGGUUUUGUCCAGAUGACCACAUGUUUUGGCCCCAGAGGAACCCUCUUCCUGCCUCAGAAACCUUACCUGACUGAUGGCACACUGCGUGAACAGGUGAUCUACCCAUUGAAGGAUAUUUACCCUGAAUCAGGGUCAGUGGACGAUGACAGAAUUAUACAGUUCUUAGAACUAGCAGGAGUGUCCAAUCUCCUGAAGCGGACAGGUGGGCUGGAUGAAAGGGUGGACUGGAACUGGUAUGAUGUUCUGUCUCCAGGUGAAAUGCAGCGUCUCUGUUUUGCUCGACUCUUCUACCUGCAGCCUAAAUAUGCAGUAUUGGAUGAGGCCACCAGUGCUUUGACGGAGGAGGCAGAAGCACAGUUGUACCGAACCUGUAAACAGCUUGGAAUGACUUUGGUCAGUCUGGGACACCGUAGCAGCCUGGAGAAGUACCACGAUGUCCAGUUGAAACUGUGUGGAGGAGGCCAGUGGGAGUUAACUAAGUUAAAAGGAGAAAGAAGAAGCCACACAUCUUCAGAGUCAUCUCUUUGAAAUCCUGGACAUGCAGGAAGCAUCGGCGUGGGAUCUGAGCACAGAAAACACUCCUGAAUUCCUCAGUUACUGAACCGACACUCAAGUGCUCUUAACUAGGCGCUUACCUUACCAGUUCCUCCAGCAAAGGUCGCUAACUGUGCACAACCAGUUUGUAUGUAUUCAUGUCCACAGACAUUUUAAGAAGAUGACAUUUUUCUACAGGUUGCUCCAGAGUGCAACAUUUUUUUAAACAAGAGGGCGGUUUGGAGGACGCACAAAGUGUUCUGGACCUGAAAGCUUUGCCAAACGAAUGGUUUGAAUGGCUACAUUAUUGUAAGAAUAAAUGCACCUAUUAUGACCAUAAAUCAGUAAAGAAGAAAAGGGACACUUUAAGACUCUAAAUCUGCCUUUAUGUAAGAUUACAUUUGUUUACUGUAUUAUGUUUACAAUUACUACAUCUGGAAUAUUAUUAUUAGUACUAUCAAGAGCGGAGUUCAUCUGUGGAUUAUACAUAUUGUUAUAAAAAGUUGUUUACCUGAUUGCAUUAAAAUUUUCAUAUGUACAAUAAAAAAAAAAAAACCUAA